UCCCCAUGCUCUGAGUUCUUGAUUAGCAAAAAAACAACACAGCAUCAUUGGUGAGAAGUGGAAAAGAUCAAAAGACAGCAUCUUUUUCUACUUGCAAGAAAAUGGCAGCCUCUGAGUUGAAGUGGAACAAUACUGCCCUUCUUGUGAUUGAUAUGCAGAAAGAUUUUAUUUUGCCUGGCGGUCCGAUGCAUGUGAAAGGUGGGGAAGCAAUUGUGCCUAGUGUGAUCAAGGCUGUUGAAGUAGCUCGAAGCCGUAGCAUUCCUGUUAUUUGGGUUGUUCGUGAGCACGAUCCAUUAGGGAGAGACGUUGAAUUGUUUCGCAGGCACUUGUAUGCUGCUGAUAAACCAAAACCAACUUCUAAGGGUAGUGUGGGCGCGGAAUUGGUUGAUGGGCUAGUGAUCAAAGAUGGUGACUAUAAGCUGGUGAAGAUGAGGUUUAGUGCAUUUUUUAACACACACCUGCAUUCGUAUCUUCAGGGUGCCGGUGUGAAUAAGUUAGUAAUCACUGGUGUUCAAACUCCAAAUUGUAUCCGGCAGACUGUCUUUGAUGCAGUAGCAUUGGAUUAUCAUAAAGUAACUGUCAUUGUUGAUGCCACUGCUGCUGCCACACCUGAUAUACAUAUCGCAAAUAUUAUUGACAUGACGAAUGUUGGAGUGGCAACGCCAACGCUAGAAGAAUGGUGUAAGUCUGAUAACUAGUACACCAUGGAUUCUGAAUCUGGAAGAAAUUCCUGCAAACUCUUCGCUUCUCGGCCUGUUGUAUUCUUGAGCAAAGAAAGACCCUUGCAACAACAUACAAGCAUAGUUGUUUAUCUAAUAUCUAUUUAGUUACUGCACUUUUAAACUCGCGUUGGUGAAUUCUGCGUUGUCCCUCUGUUGUAGAUUGUUGGAAGGACUGGAUUGAAGACUAUGUUUUUAGAGGAAAGCUGUCUGUUUUAGGGACACCAUGUUAUGAUAUUGCCAAGAAUGGUUUAUUUUCAA